AAAAAAUAAAAAACAAAAUAUUUUGACAUUUCUCCUUCGCACCGGCUUUUAGUGGUGUUUUGCUUUUUCAGUAGAAGAUAAAACAGAGGAUGCGCACUUCUUUUUUAUCCUUCUUCGCCCUUCCGAACUCGUUGUCAACGCAUAACCAAAAGAAAUGAAAAAACAUUUAUUUUUUCUUCUGUCAGUUUUUUUCAUUCGUCGUCGUCAUACAUAUGCGAAUGCGAAAAAAACACCUUAUUUCUUAAAGAAGUGAAAAAAUCAGAUCCCCUUGGAUUGUGGUAAUCCAUUAAAUAAAAAAUUGGAAAAACAUUAUUUUUCCCACCGCAAUAUGAGUAAUUCCGAGGAUGAAAAUAAACCCCAUGCUGAGGACACGGAGUCUACGCCCUCAGCUGGAAGUGGUGCUUCGCCAAGCAAUAAAGUUAAAGUACUCAUAAUUGGUGCUGGCAUGGCUGGAUUAUCCGCAGCAAACCAUCUCCUCCAAAAUGGCAUCGAUAGCUUUAAAAUAUUGGAAGCUCGCGGUCGAAUUGGUGGACGAAUUGUCUCAAUUCCUCUGGCGCAACAAAAUGUUGAACUUGGAGCAAACUGGAUUCACGGUGUCCUUGGCAAUCCCAUAUUUGAGUUGGCUGUACAACAAGGUCUUGUAAAUAUUGUUAACAUACCUAAACCGCAUAAAGUAGUGGCUACCACUGAAGAUGGUGCUCAAGUUCCUUUUGGUAUUCUUCAAGAAAUCUAUGAAGCCUAUGUAUGUUUUCUUCGUCGCUGCGAUGAAUACUUCCUAUGCCAGUUUAGCCCACCGCCCGACAUCAAUAGUGUCGGUGAGCAUAUCAACUAUGAAAUAGAAAUCUAUCUAAGUUCUGUUGAAGAUCCCAAAGAAAAACGACUGAAAAAGUUGAUUUUUAAUUGUUUAUUGAAACGUGAAACCUGCAUUACCGGCUGUCAUAGUAUGGAUGAAGUCGACCUUUUAGAAUUAGGUAGUUAUACAGAAUUGCAAGGUGGCAAUAUAGUGCCGCCUUCUGGCUACAGUUCAAUACUAAAGCCGCUGAUACAAUCGCUUCCAACCGACUCAAUUGUGACGCGGUGUCCAGUAAAGAAAAUCUUUUGGAAAAGGAAGAAAACCAGCAGUGGCUUAGAGACAGUAGAUGAAGAAAACGACGAUACUGAUGACUCUGAUAAAACUGUAACGGAUUUUCCUCCUCCCGGAACUAGCUCGAGCCGGGAAGGCUCCUUUGAUGCCGAUCCUGUUGAAACACCCGUUCGAGUUAUUUGUGACGACGGAAGGGUAUUUUUUGCCGAUCAUGUGAUAUGUACAGUCCCAUUGGGCGUUCUCAAAGAAACAAUGAAAACAUUAUUCGAUCCUGAAUUGCCGCACUAUAAGCAGGAAGCUAUUGAAAACCUUAUGUAUGGUACGGUAGACAAAAUAUUCUUGGAGUAUGAAAGACCAUUUUUAAGCCCUCAAAUUAGUGAAGUUAUGCUCUUGUGGGACGAUGAUAAGUACGAAAGUGAUUUAACUGUAGAAGAUCGAUCCUCUGACGAUUAUUUGAGUAAACAUUGGUAUAAGAAAAUAUAUUCAUUUGCCAAGGUUACCGACACACUUCUGCUAGGGUGGUUGUCUGGUAAAGAAGCUGAAUAUAUGGAGACCUUGUCGCAAGAAGCAGUUGCAGAAAAAUGCACUGAAAUUCUUAAAAUAUUUCUGAAGGAUCCUCUCGUUCCAAAGCCAAAGAAAUGUAUAUGCACAAGCUGGAAAUCUCAACAGUACACUCGAGGAUCAUAUACAUCAAUACCUCUAGGAGCAUCUCAAGAGGAUAUUGAAAAUCUCGCACAACCUCUUUACGCAAAUCCCCAUCAAAUGAAACCUGCAGUGCUGUUUGCUGGUGAACACACACAUUCAAAUUUUUAUUCAACCGUACAUGGUGCCUAUUUAAGUGGAAGAACUGCCGCACAAUACAUCCUCCUUAAUGAUGAACCCGAAGAAAUUAUUAUGGAGUCCGAUACAAGUGACCUAAGUUCAUGGAUUCGAGGAAUAUCAUUGGACUAAAAUUGUUUAGCAAUUAAAAGGGGAUAUAAAACGCACUCGAAGACAACAAAAAAUCGUAAGCUGAAAUCACAGUUACUAUAUAAUUCAUAUUUUACUCUCACAUCUAAACAAAAUAAAAGAGAAAACUGUCCACCCGCUUAUGCUGGCAUCCACCCCCCAAACAAAUGUCCCUUUUCCCUAACCUUACAUCAUAUAUUUGGUCCUGCCACAAACAUUAAAAAUGACGCUUUAGAUAUUAUUAUUAAACAAAGUUAUGAAGUAAAUGACAAAUUAUGAUGUAUGUAUAUUAUAAGAACAUGAUUAUUUUAAAUAUAAAAGCAACGCAGUGAUAAGUAAAUUUAUAACUAACAUUUAAGAACUAACUCUAAUUCAACGCUGAACAAAAAAAAAAUCAAAUUUUAUGUAUAACUUAUAAAAUAUUAUAUAUUUUCUAUUUAUUGAGUGCGCGAUUUAGUUUUGUAAGGUACGAGUGAUUCAUAUGAAUAGAAUUAAGAAAACGAUACCAAGAUUGCAAUGAUUAUUAUUUUUGUAAAAGCAUGUUCUGUUGUGUAUUUGAUAAAUUUUUGUGCAAUAUUAUUUGUAAAAUUAAAUUGAUAGAAGAACUUCGAAACUUAAUAAGAGAGAUAAAAGUUUUUUUUAGUAUAAAAGCCUUUGAAAGUCAACAUUAAGGUGUGUCCAUAUUAUGUCGAUCAACACGUGAAAUAUCAUUUUUGAAUUCAACUGCCAUCACUGUCUGCGAACAGGAACAUUUGCAAAAUUCUUUGAUCUUAUCGACUUCAAUCGGGUUGCGUUCGGGUGCACAACAGUUUAGCAGCGCUAUUGAGCAACAUUUCUACAUUCACUAUACUUUGUUGACCAAGCGUGUUGAUUAUCACAAAUUAACAUAAUGUGGACGAUAGCAAACUAUGAAAAUCAAACGAUCUCAAUUCAAAACUCAUUUGCAGCCAUUAGACUGCCUAUUACUUCAAUAGAAACAAACAGACAACGAAGAAGUUUUUUUGGAUUGGCAAAAUAGAACUAAUAAAAACAACAUAAACAGCUAAAACAAUGAACCAAAUACAGAUCGCUUAUGUCUGUUAAAAUCUCAAUUUUAUUGGCUCAUUUGGAAAAAUAAGCUCAAAAGUAACAACAAAAUACAUUUACUAGUUCUAAAUAAAAGCUAGAGAAACCCAAGGAGUUUUACUGCUAAGUUAUGGACAUUAAAUAUUUAUACACAUUAAAAAAAAAACUUCAUCAACUGAUUAGAGGUCCACAUCUCAGAAUUUUAAUAACGAAACUUUUUUCUCCAUGCGUCCAUAGUGUGUGCUUUUGAUAAAAAAGUACAAUAACUAUGCAGUCAUUUUUAAUUAUAACAUUUGUAACACAACGACUCCAUAAAGAGAAAAGACAACUUUCUUUAACCUUUUUUGUGGGCGUGACAAUUCCUCACAAAAGAUAUCAAAAAGUCUUGUUUCUCAAAGCUUUAUAAACCGUCAAGUGUGUUUUCUUGUGUGUUUUCAGUUGGCGAUCAACACAAGCCUACUAAAAUGUUUCAAAGAGUUAGGCCGUGUGUGAAUUGCGUUAAAUAGUUAACACAGUGUAAAAUGUUGGACACUAUUGAGGUGACUAAAAAAAUUUUCAGCUGUUAAAAAUUUACUGGGCUCUGGGACCGGGUUAAAUUUGAGUAAAAUUUUUUUUGCAGAUGGUUUUUUUUUGUUUUUUUUUUUUUUUUUUUUAUUAAAAAGGAGUAUCAUGGCAGAAAAAAGGCAGAAUAAAUUUUAAACAAUACAUUUUUUUUUUUUGAAAUUUUUUUAUUCAUCUCAAUAGUGUCAAAAAUUUUACACGGUGUUAACUAUUUAACGCAAUUCACACACGGCCUUAGUUCCGAAGUUCCUAAGCUGCUCUUA